AUGCCCGAUUCACCCACUCCACAGUGUGUUCGUCGUUUACAAAAAGAAUUAUGUGAGUUAUCUAAAGAACCGAGUUCAUUUUGUGUAACUGCUCCUUCACGUCAAACUAUUUUACGUUGGUAUUUUAUUCUUAAUGGUCCACCUGGAACACCAUAUGAAGGAGGUCGGUACCUUGGUAAAUUAAAGUUCCCUUCUAAUUACCCAUUAAAACCACCUGAUAUUUAUUUACUUACACCUAAUGGACGUUUUAAGACUGAUACAAGUAUUUGUCUUACUAUGAGCAGUUAUCAUCCAGAAAAUUGGACUCCACUUUGGGGAGUUCGUACUAUUCUUACAGGUUUACUAUCUUUUAUGACGGAUGAAGAAGAAACUACAGGUAGUGUAAAUUGUACGGUAGCGCAACGCAAACUUUAUGCUGCAGAAAGCCGUCGUUUUAAUGUAGAACAAAUGGUAAUUUAUAAAGAAACUUUUCCUGAAGAGUAUGAAAAAGAUUUAGAUAUUUUAAGAGGUAAACCUGAAGGAAAAGAUGGAAUUGAAGCAGGCGAUAAAAAUGGGAACAUUGAAAAUACCAAUAAUAAUAACAGCACUAAUGCAGAAAUAGGAAGAAAUAUGGCACAACAUGGCGGUGCAAGAUGGAAUGGUUUAGGUGCAGCUCUUGCAGCCCUUUUUGCCAUGGCCAUGGGAAUUUUUUUCUUCAGGAGAUAG